CAGCGCAGCGCAUUUCAAGCAGCUCCGCCGUGCGAGUCAGCAACAGCUAUACGGGGCUUCAAAAGGGUGGAGUUUCCACAGCUUCACCACUUUGACUUCGGAGUCUUAUAAAAUUCAGAGGUAUUUGGCUCUCUCUUCCCAUUCUCUAGACAAAGAGGACUUGAUUUUACUCUUAAGGCUCAGUUUUCAGGGGUUGCUUUUGACUGGAGUUCCUGAGCAGGAGUCCACAAUGAAGUACCUUGCAUCUUUGUCCCUUUGGAGGAUCAUCAUUUUGAUACUGCCACUGGUCUCUUUAGGCCAGACAUUUGAGUAUGGCUGGCCUGAAACCUAUGACAAGCCACCCAAGUGUGUGGACAUCCCAGUUGACCUGAGGCUUUGUCAGGGUGUGGGCUAUCACCAGAUGCUGCUGCCCAACUUGCUGGAGCAUGAUAGUAUGGCUGAGGUCAAGCAGCAAGCGGGCAGCUGGGUGCCUCUGUUGCAUAAGAACUGCGACCCGGGCACUCAGUUGUUGCUGUGCUCCCUGUUUGCCCCUGUGUGUAUGGAGAGGCCCAUCUACCCUUGCCGCAAGCUCUGUGAAAAUGUGCGUGAUGGCUGCACUCCCAUCAUGGCAGCAUUCGGGUUCCCCUGGCCUCAUAUACUCACCUGCGACAAGUUUCCUCAAGAUGACAUGUGCAUCAAUACACCCAAUGAUACUUCCACCUUCGAACCCAACGAACACUCUCCAGUUUGUCCCCCUUGCGACAAUGAAAUGAAAAUGGAUGUGAUUCUGGACCAUAUGUGCGCCAGUGAGUUUGCCAUUAAGACCAAGAUCCAAGAGGUCAAGCGGGAGAACAUGGAUCGCAAGGUGACCUUGCAGAAAAGGAAAAGAACCAUAAAGCAAGGCACUUUGAAGAAGAAGGACCUAAAAAAACUGACUCUGUACCUGAAGAACGGGGCCGACUGCCCCUGCACACAGCUGGACAAUACCCGAAACACAUACCUUAUCAUGGGACGCAAGGUGGACAAACAGUACCUUCUCACCGGGAUUCACAAGUGGGACAAAUCCAACAGGGAGUUCAAAAAGACCAUGAAAAAACUCAAAAGCCACAAGUGCCCUGCCUAUGAGAAUGUCUUCAAAUAAACCUUCUCAAAGCUCCCACUUACUUCAUGAACUUGCACAUCCAGACAACCCCCAAAAAUUGUUUUAUUUUUCAUAUAUAUAUUAUAUAAUUCUUUCAUGUAUUUUACACGUGAGGUGUUUUGUCUUGGAUUUGUGCCAUUUAAGACUGAAAAGAUAACAAAUGAGGUUGUAGACAAACUCUCGUACAAAACCAACUGAUCACUUUUGUAUAUAUCCAAAUAACUGUUGAUAAUAUCUUGUGAAAGAAAUCUGAAUUCACCUGCAA